UCCUUAUCACUCCACAACGCCCUCUUUGGGAGGCGUCCCUGAAGUCAGCCGGCGUCUUGCGCGGCAGCUUUGUGAAAAAGUUGCUGGCAUUGCAUAUCGACUGUAGUCUCGCCGCAUUCGUGCACCGUUCGUUGAUCUGGGACGUCUUAAGAUCAUCACAGAUCAGCAUCAACGCGUGCGUAAAAGUAGGCGUGAAAUCAGUCACGGGAAGACACAAAACUCAGGCUGACUGGAAACGCCCACAAUGAAAAGACACCUUAUUGCGCUCCUCUGCGCGUCGUCGGCGGCGGCGGACUACGUCGUCGACUGGCGCGUGCCCCAGGAAAACGACGCCAACGCGAACGCGUGGGUCGCAAGCGUCACCGUCCCGGUCGGCGAGAAAGUGGUAGGGGGGUCUGGUCACAUCGACGCAAAUUGCAGUGUCUACCAUCCCAAUAGCACGCCUGCUCGUUCAAGACGCGUGAAGACUCUCACAGUAUCCAAGACUAUCACUCUUCGUCAAAGGAACGGCACCGAGAGCCGUAAAACCGACCAGUUCCCAGGAAAGUGAUCGUGUUGCCUGCUCACGUCGCGACGUCGUUGCGAUUGACGCGUCGAGCGCCGUGAAAGCGCUCUCACAGUGACCAAUGAUGAUCCAGUCCAUCCACAUGCAAAACAGACAGAAAUUAAGCGAGAUCGCUUUGGCGUCGCCCUCGUCGCAACCGCUACAGCGGCCCAAGCUCGACAGCGUCGACCUCGAGGCCGGAGAAAGCCUCGUCGCCGACGACGAGACAACUGCGCCGGCGGUCAAGCGCUGCAACCUCGGCUGGAUCGUGGCUCUGAACGUCGUGCUAGCGGCGACCCAAAUCCUGGUGGGCACAUCCAUCCUUUCAUUAACAUUGGUAAGUGACGGUUUUCACAACCUGAGCGACGCCGUGGCCGCCUUCGUGGGGCAACUCGCGGAGUCGUACGAUAAAAGAGAAUACGACAAGGCCCAGCUCCCCUUCGGCUACGCGCGGGCGUCGACGAUCGGCGCGCUCAUCAACGUCGCGGCGCUCCUCGCGAUCUGCCUGUCGAUCGCGCUGACGGCGCUCGUGCGCUUCUGGAAGCCCGUGGCCGUUGACGAUCUCGGCGCGCUCGUCGCCGUGUCCGCCAUGGGCCUCGUCGCCAAUCUCGUAUCCGCGCUCAUGGCGGCGUGCGGCGUCGAGGUGCCCCAUCAUCAUCACCACCACGGGCCAGGGGGCUGUCCCCACGAUCACACGGGAGUCCCGCACAACCACGGCCCGGGGGAGCCCUGCGGCGGCCACAACCACACGACGGGCACCGGCUGGCGGAUGAUGUGCGGGCCAUCGUGCGGUGGCGGCCCGUCCAUCGGACUCAUCCCGGGGCCGGUCGAGGUCGUCUUCUCGCCGACGUCGGGCCUGCCCCGCGGCGGUGGCGCGGCGGUGUGUGCCCCGUGCCCGGAGCCCGUCAAAGAGGAGGAACCAACGCCGGCACCGGCCACCCUCGACGUGGGACGGCUCGCUAUUGUGGUGCACCACCUCGGCGACGCGGCGAACUCGCUCGUUGUCCUCGGCGAGGCGCUGCUGCUCAUCUACGGGCACCGCUUCUUGCCGCGAAGCGUCAUGCGCGGUUUGGGUCUCUACCUCGACCCGGCGUUGUCAAUUCUGCUCUCGCUGGCCAUCGCCGCGGCCGCGUGGCCCGUCGGGAAGAUGGCCGCCUGGACGCUGCUCGAAGGAAGCCCCGUUGAUGGUCUGGAGGAAGAGCUGGGCAAGGUCGCGGUUGUGGAGAGUUCUGCGUUGAUCCACUUACGCGACGACCCCGUAGACCGCGCCGGUUUGGUGCGGCUGCGCCUGCGCCGCGGCGACAAGCGGCGGCGGGGCGACGUCGUGGCGGCGGCGCGGCGCGUGCUCAAGCGCUUCGCCGCGGACGAGCACACGUAUGUGGAGGUCGCCGAUGCCGCGUCCCCGAAGAGCGUCAUCACGCAGAGCCGGGCCGUGUCUACUUUCUCAGGCCCCUUCACCGGCAUCUCGUGCCGGCCGUGCAAGAAUUAA